UGGCCACACUGGCCGUGCCAAAAUGUCGUUGACUUCGCAAUUCGUUGCAAAUUUGAAACGCUUUCGCCUGGUGACCUUCGACGUAACGGACACGCUGCUCCGCCUGGAGGAUCCGCUCCUUCGCUACCAUCGAACGGCGGAGGAGUUCGGGGUCACCGGAGUGGAUCGCCGUCGGUUGGAGCAAUGUUUCCGCCAGCAAUUCAAGUCGAUGAGCCGGGAGCAUCCAAACUUUGGCCGUUUUUCGCCGGGAUUGGAGUGGCAGCAGUGGUGGCUCCGACUGGUGACCCAAACCUUUGGCUGCGUGGACCAGGGGCUGCCAGCUGAGAAGCUCGAUAGGAUUGGCCGCCAACUAAUUGCCCAUUACCGGACCAAAGCCGGAUGGAAUCAUGUCGAUGGCGCCCAGGAACUGGUGCAGUGCGUCCGCGAUGCCGGCAAAUGUGUGGGCAUCAUCUCCAACUUUGACCCCUCACUUCCGAAAGUUCUCGAUUCGAUGGACUUCGCCGGCAAGUUCGAUUUCAUCCUGACUUCGUACGAGGCGGGUGUCAUGAAGCCACAUCCGGGGAUCUUUGAAAUCCCCUUGGAAAGAUUGCAGAUCACAGCGGAUCAGGCUCUUCACAUCGGCAACAAACCGGACUUGGACUACGAGGGUGCACGGAAUUGCGGCUGGAGCGGAUUGCUGGUGAAUGGCGGUACUGAUGGCCACCACCACUCCUUUGCCACUUUAUCCCAUCUUUUGGAGGCCUUGAACACCCAGCAGAUCCAAUGGUGAUCCACCAAAGAAACUUGAACUCAGGAACUCUGUUUUCAUCGAUUAGCUCAUGGCUGUUGUUAUUUUUGUAAAUUUCUUAAGGAUUAACAAACAGAACGGGGUGUUGUAUAGUAAAUGGGUUUAAACUAGUGUUAAAUAUAAAUACGCAAUAGCCUA